AUGAUGUACAAAAAGUCACGUCAUGCUUUCACCGAACCGGUCUACGCCUUCCCAACUCAAGGCAUGUACCUUGCUGCCAACAACUAUCUUGACUACUUUGGCCGCUACCGCCGCCGGUUGGGUCUCCCCGCCACAACCGUUGCCCUUGGCUUCAUCAACGACCUGGGCCCUUUGACCAACGACCCCGUCACUGUCAAACUGUUCGCCCGCGAUAAAGGUCAAAGUUUGACUGGAGCCCAGGUUGUAGGUAUGCUCGAGCCAGCCUUUGUCAAUAACCACCCCAACGCCGAAUGGCUCGGCCACAAUGAUGACCCCCUCUCUGCGUCCCACAUAGUAACUGGCAUUGACCCGGCCGUCCUCGCCAAGAUGGCCCGAUCUUCAUCUGCCUCCCUCGCCUCUUCCCCCACCUCCAGAUGGCACCAGGAUCCUCGUGUCUCCUUGAUGCUUCGUGCUGUAGAGGACGCCUCCUCCCUUAGUAAUUCGGACACCAACGACUCCGACACAUCACGUACCGCUCAGUAUAAACGGCAAUUAAAGGCGGGGGGUAAAGGCUCUAAAGAAGGUGCAGAGACGCAGACUAUCGAGCUUGUGACUGAGGCUAUCCGGGCCAACGUAGCGAGCCUGUUGUUUGUAGAUGUGGGUAGUGUGAACCCCGAGAAGACGGUGGCGGAGCAUGGUAUCGAUAGUUUGAUGGCGGCGGAGUUCCGCAAUUGGUUGCAAGGGGCGUUUGGGAAGGGAGUGAGUAUGUUGGAGUUGAUGGAUGCGAAGAUGACCCUGAGGAGGUUGGCGAGGUCGGUGGUUGAGGGGACGCUGGGAGGGUGA